UUUUCGGGCUUUCGAUCGCAAUAUAUCUAGACAAGUUCAAGUCGUAGAAAGAAACGGGAAACGGUGUCUUGACAAGCGAAAAAAGCUCUACCAAAUAUGUGAAAAUCAUUUUUCGGUUCAUAUGACCUUUAAGAAACUCUGCAAUGCAGGCCAGGGCCACAUUACUGUUAAAAAAUAUUGUUUACAAAAUUUAGACCUAGGUGUAAAAGUUGUUUAGUAUUGACAAACAUAACUAACAUGAGAAGAACAAUAGAAAAUUUUUUCCACUAGUUUCUUAAUUUUGGACCAAAAUAUGCAGCUUACUUCUUAAUAUUUCAAAAUAAGACUUUGCAAAUAUGGGCCCUUACAACCAAAAACUCUUCUCAAAAGUAUUCAGUGCCAGAAAACUGCAUGGGCCUUUAUCACCUACAGUUACUCACGAAAUCUGGAAUUGUUUGAGUGCCAAUCCUAAAAAAAUUGACAAAAACACGAGUUUAUUGCAAGAUGCACUAUUGAAAGCCUCCACUGCUGUUGCCAUGUCCAAUGAGGACAGCCUAAAGUAUCGCGAGAUGAAAAAGGACCUUGAUUGCCAGAGUAUGGUUUCUCGCGAGAUUGACAUUUUAACUCUUCUUGGUUAUGUCUGUAGUGAACUUUCAUAUCAUCGAAAAGAAAGUUUACGCCCCUCGAUCUCUCCUGAAUUUAAGGCGGCAUGCGGGCGUACCACCAAACCAACUACCUUAUUUUUUGGUGACGAUCUGCCUAAAACUAUACAGGAAGUUCGCACUACUAACCUAAAAAAUUUUCUGCAGGCCAGAUCUCUCAAUAUUUACAUAAUUGAAAAAAGCUGACAUCAGAUCCAUAUAUCUUAGAUACAUCUCUAGUGAUAUGAUCGAAUUUGAAAACCCACAGCUGUUCUGUUUGGAGGCAUUCAGUACAGACACCUUGAAGAUGAAAAAAUAAAGGUCUUAAAUCUUGCAUUGAUAAUUUUGUUACAACCAUGCCCAUUACCAAACUUGCUUUUGCUGAAGUAAUCUGGUGGCUUAAAAACCUAGAUAGGAGCUUCGGUUAUAUUAGACUGCCACCUGUUCAAGCUAACAUUUUCUCAGAUGUUUCCCCCCUGGGUUGGGGAGCAACGUUUAACGGUAUUCCUACAAAUGGAACAUGGCUCCCAUCUAAAGUAAUUUACAACGUUACUUGAAGUUUGGGAGCAGUAAAAAUUUGGUAAUUUUGUAACGAAAACAAACCUUGGUUGACAGCAUGUCACAUUCCAGGCAAACCCAAUGUUAUUGCUGAUAGGGAAUCAAGAAACUUUUUUAAACAAGAUGUAGAAUGGAUGUUGAACUCAAAUGUUCUACAGAAUGCAUUAUCUAGCUUGCAAUUUAAACCGGACAUUGAUCUUUUUGCCCCAAGGCUCAGUAGUUAGUUGGAUAAAUACUACUCACUUAGGCACAAUCCCGAUGCAAAGGUAAUGAAUGCUUUUACCCUCCCUUGGAGUAAUCUAGAGUUUUAUUCAUUCCCUCCAUUUAGAUGCAAUCUCCUUGCCCUACAAAAAAAAUCAACAAGAUCGAGCAAACAAAAUUCUUGUAACUUCAAACUGGCCUACUCAACCGUGGUUUCCCAUUCUAAAAAAGAUGCUGUGUGCUCCACCUGUCCAUCUGAGACCAAGGAAAAACCUGUUGCAGUUACCAACAAUGCCUCAAUUACAACAUCCUCUUCUCCGCAAACUGCAGUUAAUGGUUUUUCUAGUAUACGAGAAGCCCUCUCAUUGCAGGGUUUCACGACCCCCUCUAUAGAUGUCAUUAUGGCUUUGUGGAGAAAUUCAACAUGGCUGCAAUCCAGUUCAACCAAAUGUUCAUAAUGCUGUGCUCUUUCUAGCCUUGCUUUUUUAAUCUGGCCUCCCGUAUAGCUGUAUCAACACCAGUCGUAGUGCACUGAGUUCCAAAAUAAACUCUAGUAAUGAUGAAAUAUCUUUUGGAGACCUCCCGAAUUUCAGACGUUUUAGGCGUGGUGUCUUCCAAUUGCGCCCACAUUUCCUAAGUAUAAAUCUGUUUGGAGUGUCCAUACUGUGUUUGAUUUCAUUCGCUCUUGUCCGUGCAUGGAACAACUGACUCUUAAAGACCUUACUCUUUGAUUGACUUUUCUCCUAUGCUUGCUGAGUGGUCAACAGCAACAAACAACGCCUUAUCUAUUGAUGCAAUGGGAGUUACCCCUUCCAGCUAUGUCUUUUACAUUGUUUAUCUGUAAAAGCAUUCUCAUCCAGGCCACCAUCAAAAACUACUUCGACUUAAAAUUUCCCUGCUUCAAAUAAAUUUAUCCAUGCUUUGAUCAUCAAAUUACAGCUUUGAUUAAACUAGUUCCUUGUGCGCAGUGUAUGCAACAAAUUGUACUCAUUGAUGUUCCUGGCCUCCUUGUCGAUCCGGAGUCUAGUUUUGGGGUGAAAAAUUUCGGAGCUUUGUAGGAGUAUACCAAGAAAGAUUGCAUGUUGCUUGUGAUUCUCAAGGUUAUUAUCUUCAUUUUAACCUGCCGUUUUCAUUUUUUUUGCAUUUACUUGCUGAAAUUCCUUUUUUAAAAUCAUAAGCUUUUAAAGAGCUUUUCAAAACCUUUUCAAUACAAAGCGCUCAAAGCUUGCAGAAGUCCAUUGUGUUUGCUUCUGGCCUAAUCUUAUUCUUGUGGAUUUGGCCACGAUUUCAUGAAUAAAAGUUGAGGAAUUAAAAGGGUUUCUGCGACUGUGUAAACUAUGGGUAACAGGGGAAAAGGAAGAAAUAGUGGCAAGAGUUUUUGUUGCUGUUUAAAGUUAUGUUUCUGUUCAGAAAACUAAGGAAAAAGUUCAACAAGAAUUUUCUGUUGAGUUUGAUGGCUAUAAAAGUGAAAAGUUCACUGCUACUUCUCACAAGAAUGGUUAGUUCCUUUGAAGUUUAACCACAACACUGGAGACAGUAAAGUUUAUUUGCUAAGGGGAACUUGUAGACCCUUACAGAGAAUAAAUGACAUACCGCAUAAACUUUGGUUUUGUUUCUUCAGAGAAACUGGUAAAAUUCUAGUAAUUCAUUGUACUUGUACAGCCCUCAGACAUGCAAUCAUGUGACUGCUGCUCUCUUCCAUUUGCAGAAUUGGAUAGAGAGAUAUGAUAAUGAGAUAGAGACAAGGGUCGAUAGAAAUGGUGAAAUCUGACAUUCGCAGUGGUGAAUGUCAGAUUUUUUGAAAGUAUGUUUUCAAUUUGGUAAUGGUUUUUCAAACUUCUGUAAGAAAUUGCAUAAAAUAAAAAAAUUAUCGAUACUUUUACACAUUAUUAAAUCUCAGGAUUAAAAUUGUAGCCUAAAAACGUCCCACCAGGGCCUGGGCACGAUAUUUCUCUUCACUCAGUUCCAGAUGGUUCCAGAGAAUCUAUAACAGAAGCUCCACCAGUGAGUUCCUUUCUCUUAUUGAACGCUGGAAAUAUCUCGUUUUGAUAUAUUUCCUUAAUGCAUUCUCUAUGGAAAUACCCGCAUCGGUAUUAUUUAUUCAAUAACCAAUAUGCUUUGAUGCGAAUGUCGAAUAGAAUUAUAAUAGAUAAGGUGUGCGAGCGCAUAUGAAGCAGUACUGAAAAAUGUACGCCAAAAAUUUGCGCGAAUGUCAGUCCAGCUAUGUUAUUUACCACCUGAAAACACAAUAGGAAAUUUUUAUGGGAUUUUUUUGCGAAUGUGGAAAAGGUAGAUGCAAAUUAUGCUAUGAACCUUAAUGUUGGGGAUAACCACAGAGGCAAGGAGCUUGAAAACCUCGCUUCAAGACCUAGGUCUGUUCAUAGUUCAUACAGUACUACGAGCUUGAGGAAAUUUUUCUUAUCGUGUAUUGAAAUUACUUUGAAGACAUGCAGAUGAAUCAAAGACGAAAUUAUGGAUUAUUUAGAUAUUUAAGUCAAAAUUAUUGGCACUAACAAUUUUAAUGGAGUUAGGAAGUUUUACUUAAAUUAUCGCAGUAGUUUGCAGAUCGACACUGAAAGAUGCCUAGAGAAUUUGUCAAGCUUUCAGACAGUAAAUAUUGCAAGCAGUAUCUUGUCAUCAAAUUGGCUUACAGCCAAAGAAAACCAGAGAGCUGUUCCAGUAAGGUAAACUUUUAACCAAUUAGCUAUUUAGAGAGGCUGCAAUAUCAUAUUAUUUUAUUGUGCUUGUGCUAACAUUUGUGUUACAUGAACUAUUUCCUCUCUUUUUUGAAUUUAGGGUAAGAGCUGAUGGCAAUUGUCUAUAUAAUGCUUGUUCGUUAUUGGUGACUGGAAGUGAAAGUUCAUGUCAUUUGCUAAGAGUCUUCUGCUCUGCAGAAUUGUACCCUGAAUUCUAUACCUCCACUCUCAUUAUAUAUCUAUUCUGGAAAAUGAGUAAAAAUUUAGCUUGUCCAAGAUCUUUAUUUUUACAAUCAAUUACAUUUGAAGCAUGUUAUAUUUUUAACAAAAGCUUGCGUAACUAUCAUGAUUGUCUGAAGCUAGAGGCACUCAAAAAUUAUACCAACAGAAGGUGGAGUCAAUUUAUCUGCCUAAUGGCAAUGGCAAGUGUCUUAGGUUUACAAGUUAGCUCCCUUAACCCUGAUACUGGUAAGGAUCAUAUGGAAAACUACUGUAAUGCCUUGCUUCUUGCAAGAGAAUCACAGAACAAACAUUGUUCCACCAUUAAUCUUCAGUGGUAAUUUUUUGUAUUGCCAAAGAUGCAAAGCUCUAUUAGGCCAAAUCACAUUGUGCCAGUAUUCAUUGUGAAGAACGAGAAUGUUGAACUAAAGGUGUCUUAUUCCAAAAACUCUUACCAGUCAAAAAUUUCCUUUCCAAAAGUGGAUGCUAUUUGUGCCUCUGUUUCAUCUUUUAAAUCAAACGCUAUUUCUGGAGCUGCUGCUGCUUAUAAUAAGCUUUUAUUUGAAGAUCAUGAUAAUACAAAGCCAAAGGAAGUGGAUGCUGUCAAUAAUAUUGACUAUGAUGUGGGCGCUUUUCUUUCAAAUGCUGACCAGUUAAGCACUGAUCAAAAAUAUGAUGUUGUCCAUAAUACCUGGACACUUGAUUCCAAAUUCCAGUUUCCUACCCAAAUAGUGUCAGGAAGAAAAAUAAAAUUUGUCCACAAAUGGCUAGAAAGCUUUUCUUGGCUGUGCUAUUCUAUCCUUGUGUUUUGUUUGAUAGGCAAAUUGGACAAAAUUCUUCAAAAUUGAAUAGACUCUGGAAACGUCCCUUUACUGAUUGGUCUUGUGUCUAUAGAGUUUUUUUUAAAGAGCAUGCAAGUAAGUCAGAAAUUCACAAGAUAGCCCUUUUGACACAGGAACAUUUUUUAAGGACACUUAAAAAUAAACAAAAGCCCACAAGCUUAAUUCACAGUGAGGUCUUAGAAAAAGCAGUGUCUGCCAACAGAGCCAAGCUAGCUCAAAUAGUUGAGAAAGUAGUUUUAUUUGGGAGACGAAAUUUUUGGUUCAGAGGUCACAGAGGUGAUUCUCAACAGUACGACUCAAAGGACUGUGGGAAUUUCCAAGCAGUUCUAGAUUUCAGGGUCUCUGGUGGGGAUAAAGUCUUAGAAGAGCACUUCAAAAUCUGCCCCACGCAAUGCCACUUACCGCUUUAAGACAAUGCAAAAUGAAAUCAUUGUUUGUUGUGCUGAUGAUAUUAAUUUCAAAUCAAUAAUACAAUAAAAAAGAAUAAUUUUUUCUCAAUUAUGGCAGAUUAGAUUAGUGAUUGUUCAAACAAAGAACAAAUGCCUCUUGUUUUAAGAUAUGUUUAUGAAAAAGGAGAAAUUUAUGAAAGAUUCAUGAUGGCAUCAAAAGCAAGGCUCUGGCAGAUAAGAUAGUGAAUUUUGUAAUAAAUGAGUUUGGCUUAAAUAUCAAGAAAUGUCAAAGGGGAAUGCUAUUAUGGUGCUGCCAAUAUGGCUGGAGUUCAUUCUGGUUUAGAAACAAAUAUUCGUAAACAGAAUGAUUUGGCUUUGUUCACCCUAUAGGCUAAACUUCUGUGUUGCUUCAGCUUGCCAGCUGCAAACUGUUAAAAACAUGAUGGAAAAUGUUACCAAAAUAGGCAAAUUUUUCAACACACUCAAAAGGCAAGCACUUGUGAUAAAAAUGGUGCAAGGGUAUCUUCCUGCAAGCCACUCUACCGUUCUUGACGUUUGUAGAACAAGAUGGAUUGAGAGAAUUGAUGGCUUAGAGUGGUUUCUUGAAAUGUACGAGCCCAUCUCUGCAGCUCUAAAAAUAAUGUCAGAAAAUUUUGAGAGAAACUGGAAUUGCUCAUCCUCUGAUGCCUUUACUCUUCAGUCAAUAAUGAAAUAUUUUAUUUUUCCUAUGACAAUAGUUAUUGUCAGACACUGCAUUGGUUAUACACCACAACAGCUAAUUAUCAGCUUCAAGGUUCCCAAAUUGACAUUCUAGGGGGUUUGAAUGAAGUAAGAGCUUUGGUGUUAUCCUUGCAAAAUGCCUGAAACUGCAUUGGCACCUAUCAUAGCUGCUGGUUUAAAGAGGCAUGAAACAUUGCAGGUCAAGUUGAUACAAUAGUAAAACAUCCAAAGCUUUGUGGAAGGCAGAUCUACAGGGAUAAUACGCUCCGAAAGUGAAGUCUUUGCUUAUUGGCUGGCCUUCGCCGGCCUUAGUUAUCAGGUAGCAACGGCCUAAUGUUAUUGGCCUAGUGUUGAAGUAAACACAUGACAGACCUUGCGCACGAACUAAGAAUCGAAUAUGCCGCGAUUGUCGGAACUUUUCCAUUGCUUUCGGGCAUUUUUCUUCUUACCAUAAUUGCUACACGUAGUUGGUAUAUUAUUUGCUAUAAACACAGAAUUGCGUAGUGAUUAGUUGUUUUUCUUGCGGUUCACGUAGAUGGAUCGCAUGGUGAACUCGUUAGGAUCGCGGUAGAACCUUUAACAUUGCUUAUUUACUCUAUAACUUGGCUACAGAUACAUGUUUAGGUAAAUUUAGUUAUAAGCGUUCAGCAUGUUAUAGGCAUGCAGCGUUAUUUCUACAUAAAAAUUGCUGUUAAUUAACUUUAGUUGACGUAAAACUGCACAUGUUAUUCUUGCUUCUUAUUGGUAGUUAAAAUUGGAGAAUUUUUGUGGCGUUAAUCAGAACCAGGGACUGUAGAUUUAAAAGAGAGCGCGUUAAUUGUGAAUUUAGAUGCAUCGUAAGAUGUAAACACCGAGCGAAGAUUGGAAGUAAACAGAUGUGAUGGAUGAACUGCCGAAGUUGAAGAGAAUCCGAGGAGGCCACAGAAGUUUUUCGUCUAGGCUGAUAGCAAGAGUUGAAGACAGCAAAGACGAUGCGAAGAGCUUGAGGCAACUGGAAAUUCAACUGAAAGAACAACUAGAGACCCUGAAACCACUCGACGAGAAGAUACUCAAUUUGAUGGUCAGCGAGGCUAGAGAUGAUGACGAAGCCAAUGAGGAGCUAACUAGAGAAAUAGAGGAAUGCGGUAGCUUCAAAGAAAAGGUAAAUUUGGCAAUUAUUACUUGGCAAUUAUUACCAUCAAGGACUAUUUAAAACCUUUUUAUGAAGAGUCAACUCCAAAUUUAAGAAGAAGCGAUUCUCAAAUUUCUAUAGACAGUUUAAAUUCAAGUAGCUCAUCGUCCUUCCGGAAAGUAAGAGCCAAACUGCCAAAACUAGAGCUAAAAAAGUUUUCAGGAAGGCCACAAGACUGGCAGGAAUUUUGGGAUGGGUUUGUCAGUGCUGUACAUGGAAAUGAAGAACUUUCCGUAGUCGAUAAAUUUGCCUAUUUAAGGUAUUAUCUUGAAGAUUCGGCUAAAAAAGUCAUUUCCGGAUUCAAGCUGACAGAAAAACAUUACCAAGCAGCAUUAGAUUUAUUGAAGCAACGAUUCGCAAAACCUUUGUUAAUUAAAAAGGCGCAUAUCAAGGAUCUUAUUAAUGCUCCAGUAGUAUUUAACGAAAGAAUGUUCCUAGGAUGCGUGAAUUAUAUGAUACAAUUGAAACGCACUUCAGAGGGUUAGAAGCGCUCGGUGUAGAUCAAGAUAGUUAUGCGACGAUAAUUGUACCUACACUAAUGGAAAAAAUACCCGAGCCCAUUAGAUUAAACAUGAUAAGAGGGACAAAAAAUUUCGAAGAAUGGGACAUUGAGACAAUGCUCGCAUCUUUUCGCCACGAGUUGAAUGUUAGGGAACAAAACUUCUCCGUGCUCUCAGAAAAGCCGGUAACGAAACGAGACGAUGGAUUCAAACCGAGGCAACCGACCAAAACAUCAGCAAGUGCACUCUUGUCGGGUAACGAAGGCGAUAAAAAUUGGAAGAAGGCUUGCGCAUACUGCUUCGAAGACCACAAAGAAUUGGAUUGCAGCAAAGUGCAAGACAUCGAAGAACGUAAAAAAAUUAUUUUGCAUAGCGGUAGAUGUUUUUGUUGUUUAAAAAAAGGUCAUCGUGCUUCUAAAUGCAGAGUUAAGGUUGUUUGCAAAUUUUGUAAAUUUAAACAUCAUUCGUCUAUUUGCACUCGUAAUAACAAUUCUGUGUUGGACAAGACUUCUCCUAAGCCCAGCGCACCACCCAAUUUAAUAAGCACCACGUCCUGUGUAGAGAAGGUUGACAGCGGGGGGAGAGCGGCAUUGCAGACAGCCCAGGCUAUUGUUGUAGGUAAACCACAAGUGAGGGCAAGAGUUUUGUUUGAUACAGGUUCUGACAAGACUUUUGUUACUCGGGGGUUAGUAGAUCACUUAGCUCUAAAGCCCAUUAGAAGGGAACCCCUUGGGAUUAAGACCUUUGGUUCCAACAAUGUGGAUGAAGGCAUGAGAGAGAUUGUGGAGAUAAAGUUACUGCCAGUGAGAGGAGAGGGAUCUGCAGUUAAAUUAAAUGCCUUUGUUGUUGAUCAUAUCUCUGAAAUCUCAAAUGUUCACCCUGAAAUUGUCAAACAUGAAUACGCUCAUCUUGCAAAUGUUUGGUUUUCAGAUGUAGCUUGUUUUCAGAAUUCAUUAGAAGUAGACAUUUUGAUUGGAAUAGAUUUUUUUCACGAAUUUCAAGAGGACAAGGUAAUUCGAGGGAAAGCUUAGUCAAUGAUUUUCAUUCUGUAGGCAUAAUUUCCUUGCCACGAUGCCUUUAUGACAACACUAAGGACAAUGUUAGAAAUUGCACUCUACAUGGAUUUGCUGAUGCCAGCAAAAAGGCUUAUUGUGCAAUGGUGUAUCUUGUAUAUGAGACUGAUCAAGGCAUUUUUUCUAAUCUUGUCUGUGCGAAAACUCGAGUUGCACCACUUAAGGAAUUGAGUAUCCCUAGGCUUGAAUUGAUGUCGGCUAAGAUUUUAGCUACAUUAAUGAAUGUUGUUGACACAGCUUUGAGUUUGCAGGUAGAAGUCAAGGAACGUUUUUGCUGGUUAGACAGCAAAACAGCACUGUUUUGGAUCAAUAAUGCUGGUCAUUGGAAACAGUUUGUCCAGCACCGUGUUGAAGAGAUCCUCAAACUUUCCAGCAAGGAAAACUGGGGCCAUUGUGUAGGAAUCUGCAACCCAGCAGACAUUGGCUCAAGGGGAGCGCUACCAAGUACACUUAAGGAUAAUAGACUUUGGUGGCAUGGACCUUAUUGGCUUUUGCUUGACAGAAAAUACUGGCCCUCAGAAACGUUGCUAGAAAGCAGUGAAGAAGUUGCAGCUGAGAGAAAAAAAUCAGCAGCAGUUACAACAGUGGUACAAGAAACUCCACAAGGAGACUUCCUCAGAUAUCUGAAGGAAUUGCUUGUGACUCUGAUAAUCUUGAUGAAGAUACCACAUCUCAUACCAAACGAUUCUUGUAUUUGCUUAAGAAACUAAACCACUUUUGGUCCCGAUGGAGAACCGAGUAUCUUCUAGAUUUGCGAGAAGUGCAUAAGAAGAAUGGAUUCAAGGAAUCAAAUGCUGCAGACGGGGACAUGGUACUAGUGAAGGAAGAUAACGUGAAAAGAGGCCAAUGGAAGAUGGGCGUGAUCGUUCAGUUAAUCAAGGGAAAAGAUGGAAUAGUAAGAGGCGCAAAGGUUCGUGUAAACGGAAGAGGUAAGCCAAAUAGACCUCUACAGAAAUUAUUUCCAUUUGAGGUACAAAGCAGAUUGGCGAGGAGAAACAUUAUAGACGUGGAAAUGUGAAGGAGCAUGAGAAUAGAGCGGAUGAUCCAACCCCAGUAUUCCCUGCUAAUAGACCCAAGCGCGCCGCAGCAAAAGACUCGCAAUGGAAAACUCGUCUUAUUCUUGACUCUACAUGAGUCAACGAGGGGAGUGUGUCGGAACUUUUCCAUUGCUUUCGGGCAUUUUUCUUCUUACCAUAAUUGCUACACGUAGUUGGUAUAUUAUUUGCUAUAAACACAGAAUUGCGUAGUGAUUAGUUGUUUUUCUUGCGGUUCACGUAGAUGGAUCGCAUGGUGAACUCGUUAGGAUCGCGGUAGAACCUUUAACAUUGCUUAUUUACUCUAUAACUUGGCUACAGAUACAUGUUUAGGUAAAUUUAGUUAUAAGCGUUCAGCAUGUUAUAGGCAUGCAGCGUUAUUUCUACAUAAAAAUUGCUGUUAAUUAACUUUAGUUGACGUAAAACUGCACAUGUUAUUCUUGCUUCUUAUUGGUAGUUAAAAUUGGAGAAUUUUUGUGGCGUUAAUCAGAACCAGGGACUGUAGAUUUAAAAGAGAGCGCGUUAAUUGUGAAUUUAGAUGCAUCGUAAGAUGUAAACACGAUGGUUGAUACCAAUGAACAAGAUAGCAGAGCAAAUUUGUCUUGUUAUUCUUCAGCGUUCAUCUUAAGAUACUUCUAAAAAUCUUUAGAAUUAGCAACUGGGGAGUUUAUAGUCCCAAAAGCGAUAUUGCUGUGUAUUUGGCUGUUUUAAUAAUUCGGAAAAAAACAGAGACGUUUUGUACCAUGAUUUUCCAUCGAACAAGGAACAAGCAACAGGGUGGAAAGUUAGAAUUUGUAGAGUCGGCUUUGAGCCUUCGAAAUAUUCGUACGUGUGCAGUAAGCAUUUCAAAAAGGAGGACUUUACUGAGCCUUCAAAGGAUACACCUACUGUGUACCAAAAGCCAAGACUAAAAAGGGGAGCAAUACCGAGCUUGUUUUUACAUGGGGAGAGUAGUGAAGAAGACGUCUCUAAGAGCACUAGAGCCACUGAAGAAAAGCCCUAAGAAGAAAUUAGCUGCUAGUGGUGAAUUCUUGCUGGACAAAACCGACGCGGAGAUGUCCCUACCUCGAGCAGAUCACCACCACAAAGAGCAGGGAAUAGAGUCUCUCACAAAACAGCUCUAUAAAGCUUUCUCAGAAAUGAGAGAGCUUGGAAGGAAAGUCUUCACAUUUGAAAGACUUUCAGAAGACGACAUAAAAGUAUAUACAAACUUGUCAAAACGAGCCUUUCUUAGAAUAGACAAGCUAAUCAAUGCAUUUAGACUAUUGAAUUAUUGGACUGGUUGUGAAGUAUUCAAAAUCAGUGAUCAAGACCAGUUAUUGAUCUUUCUGAUGAAACUGAAGCUCGAUGUGCCACUUUUUGACAUAGCAAAGCGGUAUGGUGUUAGGCGCACAACAAUACACAAUAUAUUCCUAACAUAUUUGUAUGCAGUGCAUGAAGUUUUGUACCAGGAACUGAUGAAGCGAAUGCCUUCCUUCACUGGCAAAAAACCAAGGGAGUAUGCCUGAAUCUUUUGGAGAAUUCACAAAUUGCAGGAUUAUCAUUGACUGCACUGUAUUCAGAAUCACCGCACCAAGGCAAGACUUGAAUGCUGCAAGUGCUUCAUACAGCAAUUACAAGCACAACCUUACUGGAAAAUUCUUAAUUGGUGUAGCACCAAAUGGUACAAUCACAUUUGUUAGUGAUUAUUACCCUGGAAAUACAAGUUAUAAAGUUUUAACAGAACACUGUGGGGUCCUUAAUCACCUAAAAGUGAGUAAUUACAGUAUAGAAUGAAAUAAAUUUUGCAAUGCUUCUUCAAGUCCUUUUUUCAUUAAAGGGAACAUCGCAUUCUUUUGAACACAAAUCUGAAUGUGAUAUUAUUGCCUAUUAGUAGUUUUUUCCUAGAAUUAUCAUAACUCUUUUUUAAAUUGACAUAGAAAUUAUUUUCUUUCUUAGUCAUUCUUAUACCUAAAUUCUUUUACCACAAACACCCAUUGGACUUUUUAUAAAAAAACGAAGGAAACAAUUUAUUUAUGAAAAUUUCAAGUGUACAGUGAGUAGGGCAAAAUUUACUUUUCAUUCUGGGUUUGCUUCAUCUGCAUAUGCAAGCAGUUAAUAGUUGCAGAAAUUAUAGAAGCGGUCUUGAGGCCAACCCCCUCCCCCCUGCAGGAAAAAAUGCACCCUUGUCAUAUCAUUCAUGCUUUCAAGCCCCUCGAUACUGGUGAUCUAGCCUUUCCCUUAUUUCCUCAAUAGUUGACCUCAAUUCAUCUACUUCAUUUGUUUGCCUUUCCAUUGUAAUUUUUCUCUGUUUGGCCUUCUCUUCGAUUGCUUUCUGUGUCAGCAUUAACUCUCUCUCUUUGAAAUCACUGUCAACUCUGAUUUUUUCUUUAAUUUUGUCAAAUGUUUUUUGCCCAACGUUACGUUUCUUUUCAGUUACAUUCUUUACCUCCCCUUGCUUUCUCUUCCUGCUUUCAUUGCUAUCUCUCAUUGUUUCAACCGACUGCCUUCUCAUUUCUUCAGCUUUUUCCACUUCUGCUGCUUGUUUUUCUUUAACUUGCUGGGAUGCUGCUUGCUGAUCAGCGGUUGCUGCAUCAAAAAGCUCCCUUAAAUCUUCAAGGAGAACAUCUUUUCCUAUGGGCUCAGGACUAAUUCCACUGGCACUUUCUUCUCUUCUGUUUUGGGACUUUCUUUUGGCAAAAAUAUUCUGGAAGUGAUCUCUCACUGCUCUACAGGAUACACCAAAUUUUGGUCUUUCUACCUGCGACAAAUUUUUGAUAAUUUUUCUCCAACCAUCCCUUCUCUCGAGACUUCCUGGCUUUGUCAACCAAAUCUCGGACGCCAAAACUUCUCUCAACAUCAAAACUUCAUGCUCUUGUGUCCACUUGAAUCUUUUACUAAAAAAUAUUGAGCACAUUUAAGAUGGUAAAUAGACGAUCGGAUUGGCCCUCCCUUCCCUUUGUGGUGAAUUGUGAUUGAGCUUUUUAUUUAAAUGGGUAUAUUUUAGAGAAUUACGGUACAACAUUUAACUCCUCGGCCUAACACAACCUAAAAUACCCUGUGAAAUUUAUUCAACUCACUCAGGGGGAUUCGACAAUACUGCAUUAAGAUAGCCCACUUGCGUAGAUCUUGCCAUAAAAAAACUCAUUAAAGUUCAAAUUUCACUGUAUUUUUUAAGAUGUUAUUUUUCAUAUUUGUAAAUCGAUAUAUAAAUUCAGAGCCAUCUGAGAAAAACGUUAUUUAAAUGCGUAUGAUUUGCUUACCUGGUCAUGUUCAAAACAUCUGCGUUGUCCAUUGUUGUUCACUUGAAAACAGGGCAAAAUUCUUUCGAAAAGACGCAAAAUGUGUUUUAAAAAAGUUAACGUUUGGCAAAACCUUAACUCACUGAAGCUAGCGUUCAUGAACAAUGGGUGAAAACGCCAACGUUAGGGUCCCCCCCCUUUCAAUUUGUGUGUUUACAUGAUAUGAGUGGGUGUUGAUAGCAAGACAAUAGGCUAUGAUGCAAUAGAGUUAAGGUUAAGGUUAGCGUUGGCGAUGCUUAAAGUCUCUAAUAUCAGCAAGAACCGCACCGCAAAGCAGUGCUUAGGUUUUGGCGGGCUGUAUGCCAUCCUACAGAGUUGCAGCAGAAGUGUGAAGUGAUGAAAGCCACUGGCACCUCAAACAGUCGGCUGUAGACCCGUUUCGCCCCAUAUCAGGGCUCAUCAGUACAGCUAGACUGAAUGAGGUCCUAAAGCCGGCCUAGGGCCAGCAAAAAGCUCUCAGUGGCAAUGCAUGUGGAAGGUAGUGUAAAGAGGACAAGAAGUACGCAUGAGUCUUAGAGACUCGACAGUCUCUUUAAGCAAUAUCACCAAGAACCGCACCGCAAAGCAGUGCUUAGGUUUUGGCAGACUGUAUGCCAUCCCACAGAGUUGCAGCAGAAGUGUGAAGUGAAGAAAGCCACUGACAUCUCAAACAGUCGGCUGUAGACUGGUUUCGCCCCAUAUCAGGGCUCAUCAGUACAGCUAGACUGAAUGAGGACCUAAAGCCGGCCUAGGGCCAGCAAUUAAGCUCUCAGUGGCAAUGCAUGUGGGAGGUAGUAUAAAGAGGAAAAGAAGUACGCAUGAGUCUUAGAGACUCGACAGUCUCUUUAAGCAAUAUCACCAAGAACCGCACCGCAAAGCAGUGCUUAGGUUUUGGCGGACUGUAUGCCAUCCCACAGAGUUGCAGCAGAAGUGUGAAGUGAAGAAAGCCACUGACAUCUCAAACAGUCGGCUGUAGACUGGUUUCGCCCCAUAUCAGGGCUCAUCUGUACAGCUAGACUGAAUGAGGACCUAAAGCCGGCCUAGGGCCAGCAAUUAAGCUCUCAGUGGCAAUGCAUGUGGGAGGUAGUGUAAAGAGGACAAGAAGUACGCAUGAGUCUUAGAGACUCUGCAGUCUCUUUAAGCAAUAUCACCAAGAACCGCACCGCAAAGCAGUGCUUAAGUUUUGGCAGACUGUAUGCACUGCUUUGCAAUAUACAUUUAAUAGUUCCACGAAUUAAGUUUGAGUUGCUGUAUGCUCUAGUUAGCGACUGUUUGUGUUAUCCAACAUAGCACGUAUUGGAGAAGGUUCACAGUAAAUGCAAAAAAAAUAAGUUCUGAGUGUUCAAGUUAUCAGAACUUCCGUGCAUCUCUUUAGAAAGGAAUUGACUCAAAUCUUGUUGUGAGAACCCUUUUUUAUAGGCGCCACCCUCUAUUUAGCACCUCCUUGCAUAUGCCUUACAACUCAGAUCUGCCUUGCUGGAAUGGUCGGGAUGAUCCAUUCAAACUUGUCUGAAUCUGUUCUAAAAUUAAGAUUGAUGACACUUUUGAUCCCAUCUCUAAAAUGUUUGGAUGUUGUAUGAGGAACAAAAAUUUUUUGAUUGGCUUUUUAUUUUCCUAAAGAUUUUUGUGAAAAUUUUAGGGUUUCUUUGCCAAAAAGUACUGGAAGAAAAAAUAGUAACUUAGGUUGUUUAUUUCUAAAGUGUCUUGGGUUUUUACAAAAAACUUUGCAGUGUGAAUAAACAUAUUAGGAAAAGGCAAAGAUACGGGUGGCAGGAACCAAUUUUUUGGGAGGCUUGUGUUCAGAAAGCUCUGGAUGUUGCCUUUCACAACUUUGGCCACCGAGUUAAGGUAAUUGUGUGCAAAUUUAUGAGAGCCAUCAGUGUUUUGCCGCCUGGGAUAAUAUAGCCUGUAGCAUGCACUACCUAUAUGCAUGGCUAUCUUGUUAUUUCUCCAGACUUCUUUUUCAUGCCAUUCGUUUAGACUUUUAUCAUUUGAUAUCGCUUCCUGAUGAUUAUCUCUUUUCAAGUGGUGGGUUAUACUGAUCUUGAGAUUUCUAAAUGUUCUGGACAUAAUUUCCUCAUCUUUUUCUGUUCUGGCUGGAAUAAAAACAUGCCAGCUGGAAGAGAACUACCUCUGUUACUUGGGUUCUCAUUCUCUGGGAAACAUACUCUACAGACAAGAAUUGGGUCUUCAUUUACUAAUUCAAGUUCCGGAAAAUACUUCAAUAGAUCUUGAACAGUCCUACAGCUCCUAAAUAAUGAUUCAUCGUCAGCUGGUGUGAAUGUUUCGUUUGGUAGGACCACAGAGAUACGUCCUUCAUUUCUCUACAUUCUUAACUCCUCUUUCAGAAACUCAAUCGAUUCUUUCAAUUCAUCCACAUCAGCCUUUAGGAUGGUAAUUUCGUUUUUAGGUUCUUCUUCUGUAUCACAACAAACUGGCAGGACAACCUGGGCGUCUGUAUCGGCAGAGCUAUGUUCUCUUUCUUGAACAUUUUCGUUGUUUUUUUAUAUUUUGACUUCUUCGUAUCUUUUCUCGACAACUUCCGAUAAAUUUUCAUUUUGCCCAGGUAAACUAACUCUUGACAAAUCCUGCUCAAUUCCACUUACUACGUCAUCAUUUUUUUCUUGUCGUAUUCCCCCCUCCCUAGUGUCAA